GACGCGUGCGUAGCCGCGGGCCUGGCAGUCGCGCUGGUCCGAGAGGCCCAGCCCGGCGACCAGUGGCGCCGCGCCGUCGGCGCGCUGCUGCCCGCCGCAGCGCGCGCGCUGCAGCGCGCGGCCGCCGCCGUCCUGGGCGCCGGCCGCCGCGGCGUAAGCGGCGAGCUGCGGCCCGCGUGCUUGACGCUCUUUGCGCUUGCGGCGGACCUGACGCGGACGCUGCCGCCGUGCGGCCUGCCGGGGGCGCGCGAGGACCCGGGGGCCAUGGCCGUUGCCCUGGAAGCAGCCCCCGCGCUGCUUGACACCCUGUGCUCGUUGAUCGCGUCCGAGUGGUGGACAGCGGAGGCGGACGGGCUGCCGUCGCCUGCAGCAGUGAUCGCGGACGCCCCACCUCCGCCUUGCGGCGACGCCCCGCCUUGCGAGCAGCUCCUGCUGCGCGUGCGGCAGCACGCAUCGCGUCAGGGGUCGUCGGGGCGGCAGGGGGCAAAGCAGGGCGAGGGGCGGCAGGAGUCGUCGCAGCAGCCCGGACGGCGGCAGCUGCAGCCGGGUCAGCGGCGUUCAGGCAGCAGCGUAGAUGCAGCAGCAGGAGCGACGGCAGCGAUUACGACGGCACCAAUAACGGCAGCAGCACCAACGGCAGCAGGAGCUGCGGCAGCGGCAUCAGGGCUGUCAGCACCUACAGCGGUUGCCCUUGCGGCGGCUGCUGCUCACGUCGCUGUGGCAGCGUCACCAGCAGCCGCUGACGCUGCCGCAGCGGCUGCUGCAGCGGCGCCGGCGGCAGCGGUGCAGGUGUCGGGGGCAGCAGGAGCACAGCCGCCGCGUCCGCCUGCAGGCCAGCGAGAGGGGCCACCAGGCAUGGCCCCAGGCCCCGCACCCCCAGCGAACCUGCCCGGGCCCGCACCAUGCCGCUCCUGCGCGGCGUGCGGCAAGCAGGCGGAGCGCGACGGCGUGCGCCUGCGGGUGUGCCGCGGCUGCCGGGCGGUGUCCUAUUGCUCUGUCGAGUGCGCCCGCGCGGACUGGAAGGGGGGCCACCGCACCUCGUGCAAGGCAGCGCAGGCAGAGAGGGCUGCGUCAGGCGUUGGCGCUGCCCAGCCGGCGGCAGCCAGUGCAGGGUGGACGCAAGGGGGAGCGGGGAGCGCCGCGGGGUGA